AUGUCGGAGCUGGCUAGAAAUCCCAAAGUGAUGAGAAGAGUCUGCGAUGAAUUGCAAAUGGUCGUCGGUGGUGAGAAAGCAAUGAAAGAGUCCCAUCUCAAUCACCUAAACUAUCUCCAUGCAUCCAUUAAGGAGUCCCUUCGACUACACCCACCAAUCCCACUUCUACUCCCACGCCAAGCCCUCGAAACAUGUGACAUGAUGAAUUACACCAUCCCAAAGGACAGUAGAGUGAUGGUGAACAUAUGGGCCAUUGGAAGAGACCCUGGAAUUUGGAAAGACUCACUGACAUUUUCGCCAGAGUGGUUUCUGGAGACUAGUGUGGAUUACAAAGGGAAUCAUUUCGAGUUCACACCGUUUGCUGCUGGAAGGAGAAUCUGCCCUGGUUUACCGUUGGCUACCCUUAUGGUUCAGCUUAUUCUCGCUUCUUUCAUCCACACAUUCGACUGGUCACUUCCACAUGGAAUGCAGCCUGAUGAUCUGAACAUGGAUGAGAAGUUCGCCCUAACACUCGAGAGAAAACAUCUGCUACUGCUCGUCCCCAAAUCAGUGGUUAAGAUUGCUAUCAAAUGCAUUUAUUUGAAUAAUCCAGUUGUAUUUUGUAUGAGAACAUGUGCAACCUUUUCUGUUUCCUAUUCUGUUCGGCUGUCAUAG